AUGAACUUUGCUAGCAACCUUUCUGAUUACUUUCUGUUGGUGGAAGAUAAUGUUCACUGCACUCCCAAAUUUGUUGCUGCCAUCUCUUCAGCAUUAUCAGCCUGGAAAGAACUAUUUUGGGUGACCUUGGAGUUUUCCAGCCUGAGUGCCUCCGGGAAAGUUUUCCACUCGAGUGACCUCUCCCGCCUUGCCUCUUUUUUCCUCCUCUUCCAUCAGGACACUCCUGUUCACUUGCUUCUCUCUGAAUUUCAUCUUCUCUUGGGCCAAAAUAUUCCAAUUCGCUUCAAUCCCUCUGUCUUCCACCACAUGGGCAAUUAUUCUGUGUUUGGGGACAUAUGCUUUCCUAUGGAGAAGGACACAGUCUUUGGUGAACCAGAUAACCCUGUUGCCAGUGUCCUCACUGACAUGGUAUCGCUGCAGAAUGUGGUUCCGCAAUAUGCUUAUAUUCUGAAUGAGGAGUGCUACUCUACCCUUGAUGCUUCAAAGGGCAAUCACUUGACAGUGAUUCUGGACAGGCCACAAAAAGUUAUUCGGAUAGCAGUGCUGACUGGCUCUGACACACAGGGCUCGUAUCAACUGCAGCAGGGGCAGGUAGAACUGGGCUAUGGUCCCAGGGAGAACCCCGAAGACUGUGCUCUCUACUCCUUGCUAGGGCCAUUGGUGGAAGGAAAUUUGGACCAGAGGGUAUUUCCUGAAGGAGAUUCUUUGGAGGAGUUGAGCUGUAUACGACUGGUGGUGCUAGCAUCUCAGAAGUCUUGGCUCUUGAUCAGGCAGAUCAGAGUCUGGACAAAACCCGAGGAAGAGGAAAGUUAG